GUUUUCCGGUGCAAAGGACGAGGGACGCAGAAAGCUGUUUCUUUGACACGUGGCAUAAAUCUGAGCCGUUGAAGGAACAUGCGAAGUUGGUAUGAUCGGUGGAGAUGAGAUGGGAUGAGAUUACAUUCAUUCCGUUGUUGAAGAGAGAGAGAGAGAGAGUACUUGCUUGGUUGCUUACUGUGCAGUGCAGUGCAGUGUAGUGGUUUUGUCAUUGUGCCAAGUUAAACACACAGGCUUCAGACACAAAAGGAGGAACUGCUCAGAACUAAAAAAAGAGCUCAUAAACUCUGCAGAAACAUCAGAGAGAGAGAAAGAGAGGGAGUUAUUUAUUAAAUUGAAGGAAGCAUCAGAGGGUUGCAGAGAGAAAGAGAGGGGCAUGGCGGCGUUUGCAGUGCAGCGAUAGCUGUAAAUAACAACUGUGCGAUCGAGUUUUCUGAUAUGGAUUUUGGGCCACAAUUGAAGCCCGGGUCAGGUCCAGAACAAUGGCGGGGUUAUUCUCAUUAGGAGGAGGAGGAGGAGGGCGAGGAAACAACAACAACAACCAAAGCAGCGAGAUUCCACCAGCGGAGACCCUAUUCUGGUACAGCAGCAAAAACGACGACGUUUCGUCCUACCACCGAGGGUUUGAGCUAUGGAACCAGCAGGACCAGCACCACCAUCACCAUCAUCACGUGAUGCAUCCACAUGCGCGUCCUCUCCUGCAGCGAGAUCUUUACUCGUCAGGAGUUGGGCCCAGCCGCGGCGGCGGCGGCGUCUCCGAUGAUGAUCACUCGUCGUCGAGAUCGGCUGCGUUGGUGGCGAUGCGCGCAGCCGCGGCCGCGGAGGGAGGAAUAAGCUGCCAGGACUGCGGCAACCAGGCCAAGAAAGACUGCCCUCACAUGCGGUGCAGGACGUGCUGCAAGAGCCGCGGGUACGACUGCCAAACCCAUGUGAAAAGCACAUGGGUUCCGGCUUCUAAACGCCGCGAGCGUCAGCAAGCACUCGCCGCGUUACAGCAGCAACAGCAAGAACAACAACAACAGCAACAGAGAGAUAUUUCCAAGAGGCCGAGAGACCCGACCUCUUGCACUCGUUUACCCUCGUCAGGGUUAGAGGAAGAAGGGAAUUUUCCUUCUGUGGUGAGUUCUCCAGCUGAAUUCAGAUGCGUGAGGGUUAGCUGCGUGGAAGAUGCUGAUGAUAGAUACGCAUACCAAACCGCUGUGAGCAUAGGAGGACAUGUGUUCAAAGGAAUCCUCUAUGACUAUGGUCCUGAAAAUAAUAACCACAACAACAGUAAUAAUAAUAGUAAUAAUAAUUACACGGCUGGAGAAACCUCUGCUGGUGUUGUUGCUGCAGCUCAGCCCUUGAACCUUGCUGCUAUUUCUUCAGCUGCACUUGUUGAUACUUCCUCUUUGUAUUCGGCUCCGGUUAACGCAUUCAUGGCUGGUGGUAGUGGUACGCAAUUCUUCCCUCACACAAGAUCUUGAAAAAGAAAAAAAAAACAAAAAAAAAACACAACCGGGAUUGCGUGUUGAUUGUGUCUCACCCUCUCAUAGUUCAUCUUCUCUUACACUCCAACUUUGUGUUUCUAUGCGAUAUUGUUGUUGUUGUUGAGAAUGAGGCCUAGUGGUAAAAAUUUGACACUCAUAUUUUGAUAUGGAUGUGAGAGAGGAAAAAAAGAAAAGACAGGAGAGAAAAAGAGAGAAAGAAAACAUAUAUAUAUGGAUAUGGAUUUGGAUGUUUGUUUUUAUUUUAUUUGUUGUGCAAAUUAUCAAUGCUUAGUUCAAAAGAUAGAUCAUUCUUCUUCUUCAUGUUGAAAAACUAGCAACUAAAGUUACUUGUUUCUUAACUUUGUACGAUAUAAGGACACAUCUGGUUCUAAUGUUGUAGUUUGGUGUAGAGUGUCUUCUUUUGUUUCA